AAAGUACAAUUAUCAACUCGAGGCAAUAAUGAUUUGUAAUAUCUACACAAAAAUGUAAAAGUGCAUCCGCGUGUGUAAUAUUGUGUUGCUACUUUAUAAAGGUAAAUAUUCAUUGAAGACGAUAUAGCCACAUUUUAUGGAAAAAAAUUGAAAUAUAAUGAGAACUAGUGAUCAUACAUACGACGAACCUACUGAUGAGAAAGGAUAUACACAACUUGCAUCUAUUUCAGAUAAUUAUCGAAAGUAUGACGACUUAAAGCCAUCAGGCUCGUAUCACUCAUAUUGUGAACCUCAACCAGAUCCUCAACCAUAUCAUAUGCGCAAAGAUGUGACAAUAAAAUUGGAUAUUUCUGAUGUUCAUGAUAAAAAAUCAAAGUGUCUCAUAAAAUUUUGGAUAGCGUUAACUACUGUUAUUAUAAUAGCAUUAGUAGCUGGGCUGACGCACAUUGUGAUAAAAUCUCGCUACAAUACAGAAGUAUGUAUUAAAUCUAAAGGCAGUGGAAACUCAAGUUUUCGGAUAUCUGAAAUUUGGACAAAAUGUCCAAAUGACUGGAAGACAUUCGAUGCAUGGUGUUAUAAAGAAUUUUCACAACGGCGAACAUGGUUUAAGGCUCGUGACUAUUGUCGAAGUAUCGGAACUGAUCUAGUUAGUGUUCAUAAUAAAAGGGAAACUAAUUUUUUAAUAACUAAUUUUACACAGACUUCUCAGUGGAUAGGACUCAGCAAUUUUCAAAACAAUGGGAAAUAUGUCUGGAGUGACAGAACAAUUUUGAGCUAUACUGAUUGGGGAGAAUCAGAACCGAAUAACUUCAAUAAUAACGAGAACUGCGCCCAACUUUUGAAACCCGACUCUCAAAAGUGGAAUGAUAACAAUUGUUUUAUGUCGUUGAGAUUUAUAUGCAAAAUGCAAAUAAAUCCAAGGUGUGGGCCUGGUGAUUGGGUAUAUUAUGAAAAUACAUGUUAUUCUAUUGAUAUGUCAGUGGCUAAUUUUACUGAAGCCCGUAAACUUUGUAUGAAAAAUGGUUCAGAUUUAGUUAUCUUUAAGUCUAAAGAAGAAUAUAAUUUCAUAAUAAGUCAAACUACUAAGCACUUGUUGGGUGCUGAUUUUUGGAUUGGAUUACAGAAACUAAGGAAUCAGACAUACAGAUGGAUAGAUGGCAGUCAUCCUACGUACCUCACCUGGGGUAUAGAUGAACCAAAAGGAGAUAAUAAUUCAUGUGUCAAAUCGUCUACCAUGUAUGGAAAUUGGUAUGGUGAUAGUUGCAGCAAUCAAAAUUGGAUUGUUUGUGAGAAACAAUUACUUAGAAAUGUAUAAAAUUAUCAUUAGAACUCUGUUCUAGUUAUAAAAUAUUAGAAAACUGAAUAUUUGCAAAAAGUUGUAAAAAUCAAUAAUAAGUUUCAU